CCCCUCCUUUCGGAAUACCUACCACUUCGACAACGAUUGCCAGGAGGUUUAAGCCCAUUGAAACAUGUGAUAAUUGCAAGCUACGUAAAGUAAAGUGUGACAAAGAGCGUCCACAGUGUGGUACCUGUCGUAAAUCUAAGCGAGAAUGUAAAUAUGAACUUUCUGCAUCAUCAAAGCGUGGACGGCCGAGAAACGAAGUCGAAAUUUUACAAGAGCAAAUCGAGGAUAUUCAAAAUAUACAGUACCAUCAGUUGAAUCAAAUGGGAUCUCUACUAAAAAUGGCUGUAUUACCUGAUGCUCAAGAAACAAUGUCUAUGGCUAGUGAUAAUAAUGCAGUGGGAAUGGAUUAUCUUAUGCCAAAUAAUCCUGAUCAAAUUAAUGGAAAUUUUUCUACCGAUGAAGCAUAUGGGUGGAACAAUUUUUAUUCUCCCUUAAUAAGAGAAGAAAGUCCUCCACCAAGUUUAAAUCUAGAUCUUUCAGGAGAUACCUUAACGUUCUUUACGGAAUUUAAACCAGACAAAUCCGAUUUACCAAUACAGGACAUUCCAGAUACUGUCCCAACAACAUGUGAUGCAGACGUCGCCUAUCAAUCACAGGAUCCUUUGGAUCAACUCGCUGCUAAAUUUAAAUCUUCUCUAUAUGUGGGCCCUUUAUCUUUAGUAACAUUAAAUGAUGAUGGAGAAGAACAACUCAUACCUCAAGAUGAUUUUUCCGAUUUAUCUUUAGUUGACAAUCAACUAAAAGUUUUACCAAUUCCUGGAAUUGCAGAAAGCUUGAUUGAUGUCUACUAUCAAACAGCGUACAGACACUAUCCUCAUUUAAAGAAAAAAGUUGUGUUAGAUUGUUUUAGAGAAUUAUCGAGGCCACAACAUUUCCUUUUACUCAAUAGCGUGUUUUUCGCAGCUUCUCCAUUUCAUCCUAACACGGAUUUACGUGAUAGAGAGACUUAUCACCAGGCAUGA